AUGAUCAAGAAGGAAUAUAUCCGACAAGAAUUUGCACAGUUGGGCAUAGAUGGACUUGAGUAUCACCGUUGGAUGGCUGAUGUGAAGAUCGCUUUUGUGGCAAAAGAAUGCACCCACACCAUCAUACCCUCUACUGAAAAAGAUGUUGUCCCAGCAACUGAACAAGAAAAGGCUGAAGCCCUUCGAUAUUUGAAGGUUCACAUUGACCCUAAUCUCCUUUGGGGAUACCAACACAUGAUGUGUCCUAAAGAACUGUGGGAUGCAUUAGCAAGCCGUUUUGGGAGCAUUGAGGAUUGUCUUCUCCCACAGUUGAAUGAACAGUGGAAUGACAUCCGUUUUCUUGAUUAUGUGAAGACAUUGUCUACUUUCCCUUUGUCAUCUGUUAUUCUAGCCAACCAAUACCGCAUAGAAGUUGAUAACAAAAGAAUAACAACUUUCUGCAAGUUGAUCAACCUAUUGCGGGUGGCCGAAAGGCACAAUGAAGUUCUAGCAAACAACAAUGCUAGAGUCCCUGGGAAAAAGAAAAUUCCCGAGGCUAACUAUGGCAAGGAUAACAAAGGAAAACACCCCAAAGAAAAGAGGGUUAAAAAUGCUGAUUCAUAUUCUCAUGCUCCAUACUCACGUGGGGAUAAUAACCCACGUGGAAGAGGACAAAGGGGUCAUCGUGGAAAGGGCCAUGGGCGUGGAGGCCAUUGGCGUGGAGGCCAUUCAAAUACCUGGUCUAGAGAAGUUACUUAUGGACCAAGUGGUAGGGGCAAUACUGUUGAAAAAACACAUAAGAACUCCAUGUCCAAGAAGCAAUGCAAAUCUAGUGCCAAAGUAGCAGCCAGCUACAAAAAGUACCGGGAAUCUAUAGAUCAAGAAGCUCACUGUGUGGAAGAACAUGAUAAUGCCCCAGAUGUCAACUUCACCAUCUCAGACUUCCAGGGAAAAAAGAACCAUGCCCUUAUGGAAACACCUGACUUUGAUUGA